UCCCCUCGAAUACAUUCAGUCGUUAAAACAGGGCAAUCCCUUAUUCCACGCGGAAUAUCGUUAGACCGUUUUUUCAAACAAUGGUGCUCGAGUAUAAAUAGGUUUAAAAGUAGCAUCUGUCUUCAGUUCAGCAUCAGGUUUAGUCCUUUGCAUACAUAGUAUACAGUAAAAACUACCACUCUGCUAUAAAAAUGUCUUUGAAAACUAUAACUUCGUUGUUAUUAGUUGUCUUCGUUUUUGGAUUCGUUUCAUCUUAUCCAACAUCCGACACCUACGAUGAAGAUUACCAUCCUCAGGAACAAGAAUUAUAUGAAGUAAUGGACUUGGACGAAUAUCACCCGAGAGAACGCAGAGAAGCAUUUGAAGAUGUUCAAGAAGAAGAAGAUGAAGACGACAAUAUUGAAGAAGUUAUUUACGAGCAACCUUUGGUAAGAGAAAGAAGACAGUUGUUUGGUGGUAAAGAUGGGAGACACCAACAAAUUGGAUACAAAGCUGGACCUGCAUGGGGUUCAUUAUCCCAUUCUGGAGGUCCCAUCACUUAUAGUGGAGGACUUGGAGUCAAUUCACCAGCUGGCCACGGUUUAUCGGGAAGUCUGUCUCAUACUCCCGGAAUUGGAGGACAAGGAUCUGUUAGAGGAACCGUGGGUCUUGUCAACACCCCAAACCAUCAAUUAUCUGGAUGGGCCCAACACGACAGGAAUUUCGACAGACAUAUGCGUCGAUUUGGUCCAGAAACGAACAGUGCCGGACUUAAUUAUCAGCACGGCAGCGGGGCAAAUGCAUUCCUUAGCGGAUCGAAAACCCCUGGUUUUCCAUCAACCGGUUCCGUUGGUGGAUCGAUACCAUUGAACCGCGAUUUAUCUGUGUCCGGCCAAACAAACUUUGGACAAGGAAUGAAACCCGAUCAUCAAGUUGGACUUACAUACCAAAAAACAUUCUAGAAUUAAUUAGUGAUCAAAAUGUCUAUUUAUUGCUCAAUAUAAUUUUUGUAGAUUACUUUUAAAUAUAAAAUAAAAAUUAUUUACUGAAAA